UACCUACGAAUUUGCGAGGCACUAAUCCAGAUCCAGGUCAUUUGGGUUUGCUGGUCAACUCUUGCCCGGACGCAAUUAGGAGGCGAAUCCGGGUCGAUUAAGUUGGCCCAAACACCUCACUAUAUACCCAAAUCAAGGAAAGAUGAAGGUUGCGAGAGUGCCUUGAGCUUUCUUCAGAAGUUCAAACUAAGGGGAUUGGAUACUGUCCUUUUGAGUUCUCCCUGUUUGGGUUCCAUGGCUAAUCUUGUGGCGGUGAACAUAAAGAGGAAGGAUGCAGAGGUGGCCAGCCAUGGAUUCGCCAUCUUCCUUGAUCCCAAGAGGAUCAAACUACAGGAUGCGGUUGAGAUUCCUGAAAUGAUGGAAGAAGAGAAACCACUUGCAGAUUCAGAUGCUGGAGCUCCACCAGCUAAUGUGCAUCCAACCAUGUCCAUGCCUUCACUGUCGCCGCCAACUCAGGGCCAAGAGGCUGCUGUCCACGACAACACCGUGAACACUGAAUCUGGGAGUCAAUCCUCAGAACCACCACCAUUCAGCGCAGACCAGGCGGAACCGAUGGAUGUCGAGGACCAUGCCCGGCAGCCGCAGCUGGGCAACCAUCCUCAGUUCUGGUCAGGUUUCUUCUGAUGACUGGCACCCCCAAGUCAUGCAACAAGCGCUGCUGCUGUUCAAUUGAGUUCAGGCUUCGUCACCGGCUAGAUGUGUACAUGUUAAUGGGUUACAUUUGCUGAUGCAGUAAGCCAGUAUGUAGCUACCUGACGAUGUAUGUGCUGUUUGCGAUGUAUGCCAAGUCUUCGGUUCGUCAUGGCA